CCUCCCUCCCGCUGCUGCCUAUUAGUUUGGAGCAGCAGACAGAAGAAACAGCAUCCCAUCCUUUCUCAGUAUGGAGAUUCCAGUAGUCUUUUCUCCAAAGCUUGCGUUGUUUCUUCUCCUGCAUGGUAUCCUCUUCCUUCCAUGCAUGGGUUCAUCGGCUUCCACAUCGAAUGAGACCGACCUCCUCGCUCUCCUCUCUUUUAAGGCUUCCAUUGCCAUUGACCCUUCCGGAGUCCUAUCCUCGUGGAAUGGCACCAGCAAUUUCUGCAAGUGGCCUGGUAUCUCUUGUGGUGGCCGGCUGCACCCUGACAGGGUCGCAGCACUAGAUCUCGACUCUCUGAACCUGACAGGUACUAUAUCCCCCUCCAUCACAAACCUCACCUUCCUCAGGAGGCUCCACCUUGCUUAUAACAAGCUAUAUGGAUCCCUACCACAAGAUCUUGGUCGCUUAUCGCGACUGCAGUUCCUCAACCUCAGCUACAAUUCUCUUGAAGGUAACAUCCCUGACAGCAUCACCAGAUGCUCUAAGCUCCGAUGCAUCUGCUUAGGUGCCAACCAGCUUGAAGGCCAAAUUCCAGCUGGUCUUAGCAAUUGCACAGAGCUACAGAUAAUAAGCUUGAGAGCUAAUAAGUUCCACGGAACUGUUCCCAUAGAACUAAGCACCCUUCCAAAGCUGGUUAGGCUGAUCCUGGGCACUAACAAUCUCACUGGUACCAUCCCACCCUCACUGGGGAACUUAACAACUCUAUCGAUAUUUGAUCUAGCUGAUAAUAAUCUGGAGGGCAGCAUUCCUGAAACACUUGGUCAACUUAUAGGGUUAGGAUCCUUUCAAGUCUGUAUCAAUCAGCUCUCAGGUGUGAUUCCUCCCUCCAUCUAUAAUCUAUCAUCCAUCUGGCACUUCCAUGUGGCCAUUAACCAGCUCUCUGGAACCCUUCCCCGAGACAUUGGCCAUGCUUUCCCUAAGCUCCGGUACCUUUUCAUGUAUGAAAACCAAUUUGAAGGACCCCUACCAGUAUCACUGUCCAAUGCCUCUAGCUUAGUGAGAAUUCAACUAGCAGGGAAUAGAUUCACAGGACCUGUACCUUCCAACUUGGGAGCACUACAGGACCUAGUUGAGCUACUCCUGGCUGCAAAUCAUGUUGAAGAUGGAGAAGCUAAUGGGUGGAGUUUCCUCAGAUCUCUGACCAACUGCACCAAAUUAGAGAUAUUAGACUUGUAUGGGAAUAGGCUCCAAGGCAGAUUUCCUAUCUCUGUUUCCAACCUUUCUACAACUCUCCAGAAACUCUCAAUGAACAGAAAUCAAAUAUCUGGAAACAUUCCUGAUGGGAUUGGGAACCUUGUUGGCUUAACUUCUCUUUACUUAGAAGAGAACCAACUCACAGGCCCUAUUCCAGCCAUUAUUGGUAAGCUUCAGAGAUUGCAUGUCCUGAGUCUGCAUCAAAAUAAGCUUUCUGGGCAAAUUCCAUUCUCCUUGGGCAAUCUUACCCUCUUAAAUAGAUUAACUCUAGAUGGAUGUCAGCUGGACGGGACAAUUCCUGAAAGCUUUGGGAACUUGAAAAAUCUGGAACUAUUGGAUCUUUCUUUUAAUAGGCUCACUGGUACCAUACCCAAAGAAGUUGUCAGCCUCUCCUCCAUCUCCAGAUAUUUUGCUGUGUCCAGCAACACCCUGUUUGGUUCCCUGCCAGCCGAAGUAGGCAGCUUCAAGAAUCUUCAACUUCUUGAUGUCUCUGAAAACAAAUUAUCUGGUAGUAUUCCAAGUACUCUUGGAGAGUGUCAGCUCCUCAUGUACGUAUAUAUGGGAGGUAACGACUUUGAAGGAACUGUUCCUCCGUCUCUAAGCAGCUUAAAAGGUGUACAAGAGUUAGAUUUUUCACGUAACAACUUGUCAGGGAACAUUCCCAAGUUUUUGGAGACACUAUCAUAUUUGCUGCUUCUGAAUCUUUCUUUCAACAACUUUGAGGGUGAAGUACCUGCAGGAGGAAUUUUCAGUAAUAUGACUGCUGUUUCACUUGAAGGAAACAAUAAGCUUUGUGGGGGUAACCCAGGAUUGCAUUUGCAAGCAUGCCCAAUCAAGGCCCCAAGCAGGAGAAAUAGAACACUACGACGUACAAUUAUUAUCUCAGUUGCCAGCGGAACUUUAUGUCUACUUGCGCUGAUUUGCUUUCUUAUUGCCCGCCGCUAUCAACAAAUAUCAAGCAGAAAAUCCUCAUCUGAUGCCUCCUUCUUAAAAAAGUAUCCACAAUAUUCUUACUCUGAGCUGUUUAAAGCAACUGAUGGGUUCUCACAAGCUAAUUUAAUGGGUGUUGGAAGCUUUGGUUCUGUGUACAAGGGAACUCUGGAUGAAGAAGAGAAGGUUGUUGCUGUGAAGGUACUCAACCUCCAACAAAAGGGAGCUUCAAGGAGCUUCAUGGCUGAAUGUGAAGUCUUGAGAAACAUCCGACAUCGCAAUCUUGUAAAGAUCAUAACUGCAUGCUCCAGUAUGGAUUUCAAUGGUAAUGAUUUCAAGGCACUAGUUUUUGAAUUCAUGCCCAAUGGGAGUUUGGAUGAGUGGUUGCACAGUGAGGGCAGAGGACGCAGAGCAGAAGGAAGCUUGAAUUUUAUUCAGAGGCUGAACAUUUGCAUCGAUAUUGCUUCAGCUCUAGAUUAUCUCCAUCAUGGCGGCACGAAUCCAAUUGUCCACUGUGAUCUAAAGCCGAGCAAUGUUCUUCUUGACAAUGACAUGUGUGCUCAUGUGGGGGACUUUGGGUUAUCCUGCUUUCUUUCGAGAUCACAAUCUGCAUCAUCAAGAAAGCCAAAUAGCUCAAGCAGAAUUAUAGGGACAGUUGGGUAUGUUGCUCCAGAGUAUGGAAUUGGUAGCCAAGUUUCCGUUGAAGGAGAUAUAUAUAGCUUUGGAAUUCUUCUACUGGAGAUGUUUACAGGAAGGAUACCAACUGAUGAGAUAUUUAACGAGGGAUAUGGGCUUCAUAAAUAUGUUGAGAUGGCUUUUCCUGAAGGUGUAAUGGAAAUCAUAGACCCACAUUUGCAUUUCCGAAGAGAAAAUGGAGAAGACACUGAGCCUUCCAAUUGCUCAACCAAUGCAACACAAUUUCAGAAGUAUCUAGUUUCCAUAAUUGGACUUGCGAUUUCAUGUUCAAGGGAUCUACCAAGAGAACGGAUGAAAACGAAUGAUGUCAUCAAGCAACUGUGUGCAGUGAGGGAUGAAUGUAUAGCAGAAUAUACAUCUUGACUUAGUAAUAUGCCAAAAUACAUUGUGACCUCCUUGCAAAGGAGCAACCAUACUAUUAUACAUCUGCCUUUAUCCAGCAAAGUACCUGAAAAUAAAUUUUAUGUAAUUUUAUAGAGUAGUCAAGGAAC